AUGAUACGAGUUUCUUUAAAUCUCUUGAUAAUUACAAGUGCCGGAUAUUUUAAAUACCGGCAUUUAUUCUCUCCAAGACUGAGGAAUUCUUUGUACCUGCUCAUUUUAAAGAAAAUAGUGUAAUGGAUCAAGAAACGUAUACAUUAACUACAGAACAAAAUAAUUGUAGCUAUAAAUCACCGAAUAGUACAGCCGAGUCUCCUAAAAGUAUCGUAUAUCAAGGAACACCGGUGAAGCAUUCAAAUGAAAUUUAUCAUAAACAGACUGCGUAUCAAAACAGAAAAGGAGGUUUCACAGUAUUGCCGAAUUAUAUUACUCCACCUUCAGGAUUUACUAAAUUCGUGCCCAGGAAUCCUUUUGAGUCAAAUUUAACGAACAAGUUACAUUUGUCGGUAAUGAGUCCCACAAUAUUUGCCAAGGUCACUAAUCCGUCCCAAGGUUCUCCGGAAUUUACUUGGAGCGUCGAAGAGCUAGCCUCGAUGCAACCCGUAAAAAUUGAAGAAUUUCCCAUUCAACAUCAUUGCACCGAUCCAGAGAUUGAAAUAAAUGCUCAAGCAGCCAUUAAUAAGUUUUUCAGUGAAAAUGAGAUCGUUCCUAGUCCUUGGGAUGAUAAAAAAACUGAGGUUACUCAUAAACUGGAAAUAGAAACUCCUACAAGGCCUUACGAAGAUUUAAACGGUACCCGAGAUUCAUACAAAUCAAAAAAAGAUGCUUGGACGCAAACUGUUUUAUCCCUUCCGGUGGAAUUGCCAAAAGAUGUGGAGGAAGCAUUAAAACCAUACCUUACCUUCACCCAGGAUCAAAAUGUGGAAACUGAUGACAUAAACUCGAGCAAUAAUUCACUGCGUAGAAAAUUAUUUUUUAACCAUAACGACCACUCGGAUGAUGACGAGGAUAAUCUGUCUAUGUCACCAAUGAGCCUGCAUGGAUCCUUAGGUAUUGAAAACAGUCCACCUCAAAGUGGAAUGUUUGCUCAUGGCACUCCUUUAAGGGAGCUCGCGCAACACAUGCGACGAAAUCAUGGAACACCUUUAGCAAAUUUAUCUCCUCCCAACAUGUCUCCUAUUGGUGAUGUGAUCGAUAACAUGUCUUGCGAAAGUAUCAAAUCGCGUUCUCGAUCCGUAGCUCGUCUUGAUUUCACGGUAAACAUGAGCAUCGAAACAUCUCCAUUUCAUGGAAGAAGAAAAAGUACCACAGAGCAUGACGAUUCCAUGGAGAGUGUUCAUUCUAAAAUAGAUGUACCUGCUGUUCCCCUACAAAUAAACGACUCCAUGGAAGAUAAUAAUACAUCUGGGGAAUCUAAUCGAAUCGAAGACAACUGUCAUCCGAGUCCUACCGAAGACAUAGUACCUCUCCCAGGAGAGACGACUUUAUUUGGACAAGACGAAAAAAAAUCCUGCCACGCACACUCUAAUAAUUGUGUUGAUAUUGUCAAUCGACUUUAUCUAGCUACCGAUCUAUACAAAAUCCAGUCAAGUGAAAGUUCUGCGUUCCAGCAGAGCAGCACAUUUUCAGGAGUCUCCGGGCAACAAAGUACAUUUGGGCUAACCCAAGACACCGGUUACCAAACAUACAGCACAAACAAUGCAUCACACUUUGCUGAAAAUAAUUGUAGCUUAAGUCCAUCGAAACAACACACUUGCUGGGACGAACGGAUUUUAUUACCCGACGAUGAAGUACGUCUAUCCGAUUGGAAGGGGAACAUGAAAUACAUGUGCAGUUCGACUCCCUCUAAAUACAUGAAAGAUGAAAAUCGUUGAAUUCGAGAAAUUUUCUGUGAUCAUCCACACGGAGAGCAGAAAACUGAUAUUUAAUAGAGAAUUAUUUUUCACGGUAAAACGUAUGCGAAUAUAUUUUCAGAUACAUAUGUAUCCGUAAGAGAGUAACUGUUUUCCAAACAAUUGCAUUUAUUAAUCAUGUAACCGCCGUCACGUUGAUAUUUAGUUAGUCGUUAUAUGUAAUUACAUAGACUUAAGCUCAUUUCAUACUUGAUCAAAAUAUUCUUUAAUUAGUACGUGACUGUGAGAAGUUUAAUUAUAAAGUUUAGAAUCUUGGAAUCGGAUACAAGCCCUUCAUCGCAUAUUAGCAGAUUUCUGUACAAUUAAAUAACUGCAUUUGCCAAUAAUUGUAAAUUCGACUCAAUUCCAAUUAAUUUGGUUUGCUUUAUAAUUUUGAAUAUGUACAAUCUGAAAUCAAUUGUGCCAAGUAUUCCAGAAAUUACGGACGAACAAGAUUCUCAUGCAUCGUUAAU